AUGAAGGAAAUGAUAAGCCCACCAGCAUAUAAGCCUUUAUAUGAAGUUAUUCGAAUUAAUAAAAAAAAAACUCCUAGUAUAGACACUGAAAUAUAUAAAGAAUAUUUAUUAGUUAAGAAAAAGUUUGAAGAAAAUCUCGAAAAUAAGAAUAUAAAAAUAAUUGUUUAUGAACAUUUAAACGAUGUAUAUGGAAAAACAGAUGAAACUGUUAAUACCUCUGAUAGUUUAGACUUGUGUGAAGAUCAUUUAAAAAAAAUAAGACAAAAAAAAAAUAUAAAAAAUGUGAGCGAAGGGGAAGAACGUGGUAAUGUUAUACAAACUGAGGAAAAUAAAAAGGUGAAAAAGAAAAAAAAAAAAGAAAAAAAAGGAGAAGCAAAGACAGAAGUAAAGACAGAAAUAUCGGUCGAAAAAACGGCCGAAAUAAACAGUGAUAUAGUUGUAAAAACAAAGUCAACAAAAAUUAUAGGAACACUUAAAAUAUUAUAUAAUUUUUAUGUAAACUUAUAUGAUAAAAUAAAAGAAGAUGUAGAAAAUAUAAAAAACAGAACAGAUUAUAAUAAAAUAAACUUAUUUAAAGAUGUUAAUUUAUAUUCUAAUUAUAUUUCUAUGUUUGAUAUAAUAAAUAUAUGUGAAGAUUUAAAUAUUAUUAAAACAUUUUUAAAUUCGAAAAAAGAAUGUGAAUUGAUAUGGAUUCUUACAGUUAAUUAUUUUGAUAAAGUUGAUGAAAAUAUAUUCGAAAAAUAUAAAUAUAAGAUAGAUGUAAAUUAUGAAAAGCAAGAACCCAAACGGGUUCAGGAAUAUGCAGAAAAAAGUAUUAAAAAUCAAGUCGAAACUUCUGAAAAUAACAAUGAUGUGGAAAAUAGAAUCAUAAAAAAUGGUUCUAAAUUUGUGGAAUCCAAAAGAGAAGAUAUUUUUCAAGAAACAAUUAAUGAAAAAAAUAAUUUCAAUUCUAAAAAAUUGAAUAAAGAUGCCGAACCAUUAUUAUCUGAAAAAUCCCCAAAAAACGAAAUGAAAAUAAAAACUAAUGAGAAAGAAAAAUCAAGGGGUGAAAUAAAUGAUAAAUAUUGUGAUACAAUGAUAAAUAGAAAAGAAAAAAUAAAAGAAUAUAUUUAUGAAAAUUGCUCCGAGAAAGUUAAUGCACUAAUGUUCCGAAAAGUUAAUUUCUUUGUCUUUGUCUACAUAAUAAUUUAUAUAAUUAAAACAAGCACUAGAAAGAUUAAAGCGAUAAAAGAUGAUAUAAAAAAAAUCAAAAGUUUUUUUUUUUUCUUAAAUAUUUAUGAAAAGAAAAAAACUAUAGAAACUUUAAAUAAUAUAUAUAAAGACAAGUAUCUAAAUUUUUAUCAAAAUUAUAAUAGCAGUGAAGAAAUUGAAAAUUAUAAAAAGAGGAAAAUAUUUCGACAUAAAUUUUCUUUUUAUGAUAUUAAUAAAAUUUUGGGAAAUAAAAAUGCAGAAUUUGGAAAUUUAAAAACGGGUAUGAACCAAAAGAAGGUCGAGGUAGCGAAAAUAGAAUCCACUGGAAAAUUAGAAAAAAAUAUAGAAUCUGAAAACAUAUUUAGCGAAGAAAAAAUAUUACUUACUUUUAAAGAAAACCAAACAGAUAUAUUAAAAAUUAAUAAUAAAUGUUAUGAGGAAAAUGAUAAAAAUUGUCAAAAAGAAAUAAAAGAAAAAACAGCACAAGAAAAUCAUCGAUAUAAAGAUACACGUUUUAUAGAAACGUCAGAAUUAUGUAAUGAUGUGGAUAUUAUGAACAAGCAAGGUAAUAAUUGUGUAAAUGAAGAAAAUAUGGGCAUAAAAAGAAAUAAAAUUUUAAAUAGCUAUAUGUUUGAUUAUAUUUUUAAAAAUUAUUGUUACAAAAAAAAAUAUUGGAAUGUAGCAGAGAAUAGUAGUAUUGAUUUUGGUAUUAUAAAAAAAGAAAAUAGUAAUAAAAAAUAUAAAAUAAAUAUAUAUAAUCAUAGUAAAUAUAAUAUAAUAGUUGAUGUUAAUGUAGAUAAAGAUUUACCUGUAUCGGUCAUGUUUAAAGACAAAUUAUUUUGCGUUAGCUCGAAAUAUACCAUUUAUUUAGAAGUAGAUAAUUCCAUUUCAGGAGAAAAAUUCGGAUUUGUAAAUGUCAAGUUAAACUACAAAAAUAUAAACAAAGAACAUGACCAAAUAAAUAUUCCUGUCUAUAUUUUUAUUCAGGAUUAA